AUGUCAGUGACGAAAAUAUUUUAUGUACCUGAACCUCUGAAACCCUCACCAAAUUAUCGUGAACUUGUCAAUUAAUGAAAAGAAUGAUUAUAGAAAAUUAAUAGACUCUAGAUAGGAGGAUAAAUAAAAAUUAGAUGAGUAUUUAGAUCUUUUUCAACCGAUAAUCGAUGAAACAAGAGAGAAACAAGAUUCUUAUCUUGGCAAACAGUAGUUUUUGUAAUUUAUUAUUUUAGAUAUCGAUCGAUUUUGUAAGCUCUCGAAAGGGCCAAGAAUAACUUAAUUAAGUAUAAUUUAUCAUUAUUGGAAUUGCAAGACAAAAUUGAAAAAAGUGUUGAAAUUAGAAAAGUGCUUGAAGAUGUUAACAACUAUAAAGCAUAUAGUGAAGCAUUGACAGAGAAUAUCAAUAAGUUAUAAAAUCAAAUUUCUGAACAUACUACAAGAUGUAAGAAUCUCAAAAGAGUAAUUGAAUAUAAACAUGCAGCACUCAAUAAACAAAAUUCAAAGAAUCUUGUUCUUUUAAGAGAACUCAAUGCAGCCAGACAUCAAUAGAAAAAUUCCAAAAAAAAACAUCUCAUUCUCUAAGAACUUAAUAAUAAACUACCUUUUAUCCAUAAAAACCAUUAAGCCAAUCAAGUUAAAAGUAGGAAUAGUUAACUGGUCCUUAAAUUGAUUAAAUAAAAUAUGAGAAUAAAUAAAUGAGAUACUAAUUAACAUCCUAUAGAAAUAACAAAUAUUUGAAAAUGGAUUUAUUUAAUGAGUGCAUGGAAGCCUAUAAAAAGUAUUGUUUAAGUAUAUGUAGAUAUUUUUCAAAAUCUCAAAAAGUAGUGAAGAAUUCGGGUCUAUAACAUUCUCUGCUUUUCUAUAUACAAAAAGCAUAAUUCUCAUUAUAAGAUAACGCUGCUAAUAAUAGAUACAAUCAUAAGAAUCUUAAAAGUGUCAUGGCAGGCAGAUAAAUUCGGAAUCUAGUUCAUGAUACUCUUAAAUCGAUGGCAGAAGUUAAAUAAAAUAAGCAAAACCCAUCCUUUGAUAAUUUGCAGUUGGAAUGGGAAAUAUAUAAAGACUACAGUGCAAUGCAAAUUGUAGCUCUAAUGUGUUUGAAGCCAAAAAUAUUUACUGAAUUGGCUUAGAUGUUUUAACAGGAGGUUUUACAUUGA